UUAGGUCUACUAACCUAGCAUGCAAUAGAUGUUUUCAGAUACUUAGCAAUAUUAACCCACCCACAGCAUUAGCUCUAUUUUUAGAGCGUAAUCCACAAAGGUCAGAAGGACGUCAGAGUUUUCCCCAGGAUUUAUCUUUGAUAGAAACACAGGAUCAAAGAUUGUUACUGUGGGUGCAAUUACAUCUUGCUAUAGUUGCUUUAACAAACCAAAUUGUACUAGAGAGCAAAAUAAUAGCUACUGAAUGUGGAGCAGGAAUAGCAGUGCCACAACAACAUCACCUUGCUGACUUUCAGUGGGACCAGGCUAAGGCAUACUGGGCAAAGCAUAGACGUGAUCAGUGGCAAUGGCAACAAUGGCAAGAGUCUGGCAGAUAUUAACAACGCUACUCAGUGCAAUGAUUAGGGAAACGCAGGGAUUCUACAACAUCCAUCAGCCAAUUAACAUGUGGGUUACAUGGGCUAACAGAACAGGGCAGAAAUCUUUUUGCUUAUCAUUAGCUACACCCUCUGAUCCAUUUUGCACCUGUUUAAUUGGAAUUCCCUUAGAUUCAAUGGAAGAAUUUGGAAAUUGAACCAGAGCUCAAAUUGAUGGUAACUUAAGUAAGGCCUGGUCAAAUUGGUGUACCAAUCCAAAUGGGGUUGUUACAGAAAAUUAGUGUGAAAAAUAAGGGAUUCAUAAAACCCCUUAGGAGCUCCAGCAUUUACAAUUGCUUGAAACUUAAAUACUACAAGUCAAGAAUCACAAGAACUGGAUAUUUUGGGAUCAAUGCCAGGAAAUUACUGUUUGUUCUUUGGGUACUACAAAGAUAAAGAGCUGAUUAGGGAGAAAUUAGGAAAACCCAGAAAUGACAGCACUUGGAUAUCUCCUGUUUCUUCGUGGUAUUACAAUACCACAGCCUACACUGCCAAUUUGGCACAGCGUGUACUCAUCAAACAAAUAUCAGCUAGGAUGUUACCUCCUAGAGUUUUUCUCAUUUUUGGAGAUAGAGCUUGGUCUAUGGUUCCUCAAGAAAGCAUUAGGAGGACCAUGCUAUUUUAGGAAAUUGACAUUGUUUGCCCCAAACAUUCAACAGAUGCUUAACAUCAGGCACAAGUUCCAACCUGCAAAAUGUAGUGUGCUUCUAUUAAGGUCAGACUGUAAAGAUGAUCUAGAAUUGUGGAAUCGACCUUCAGUUACUCUAGCCUCAAUUUUUUUCACCAGGAGUAGCCUCAGCACAAGCCCUUACUCAGUUAAGACAAUUAGCUUGUUGGGCAAGAAAGCAAAUUAACCUUACAUCCACAAUACUGAAUGAACUUACCACUGAUGUAGGUAGCACAUGCCACACUGUGUUACAGGACAGAGCUGCCAUAGAUUUUUUGUUGCAAGCUCAAGGACAUGGGCGUGAAGAUUUUGAAGGAAUGUUUUGCAUGAGUCUCUCUCACCACUCUGAAUCUAUUCAUAAGAAACUGUCACUGCUUAAGGAAAACAUGAAAAAGCUCCCAGCUGUCGAGAAUUCCUGUGAUGAGUGGCUAAAAUCCUAGAGCAUAACAGGCUACUUAAAGAUUUAGUAUGCUUUAGCAUUAUGACACUUUGUCUCCUUUUAGCAAUUUUACUUAUAGUGCCUUGCUUACUACGCUCUGUGCAAAAGUCAAUUACCCGUGCUUUGAAUUCAGUGUGGCUUGUGCAAAAACAAACACAGAACUGUUGAGGAUUUUUUGCAGGCUGAGGAGUUUUUGCAAAACAAUGGCCAUAUUCAGCCGACACACAAUCCAGCCUGCUGCUAACAAUGGAUAAUGGACAAUGAAUAAUGGACAUAUUCAGAAACAGGGUCGGUAUAUCCUUGAGAAAGAUACAAGAAGAAGAGCCAUCAAGACUCAGCAAGUUUGUCAGCAAGUUUGAGAAAGUGAGAAAAUAGAAGCAAAGGGUGUGUCAGACAACCAUAGUAAAGCGCAUGAAAAAUUAAACUAUCCAAUCAGCAUUCUAAUUUAGACAUGUGAACAGCUAGGAUUAACCUAUCAUGUAUUAGCUAGAGACGCAUGAACAGUAGAAACUUAUUAUAAAUAUAGCCUUUUCAGGAGUAAUAAAUUUGGCUUCACUUAAUCACACUGAUCAUGGCGUGAUGUCCCAUUCCUGAUCCUCUGCACCACACUGACUUUGCCUACAAAAUCCAGAAACACUUCACUGAAGGGAGAUACAGGGGGUAAAGCUAGGGUAAUUGGAGGAUGGGAAGAGGAGAAGCCAGAGCACAGUUGGGGGAUUUGGGACAGGGGAAGGGAACAGAGGAAAAAGCGAUUGUGGGAAGUAGAAGGAGGACCACAAGAUGGGGACCAAGCCAUGCGGUGUCCACCAUUUUGUGACUUGAAGGAAGGGGGAAGGGAGCAGGGGAGAAAGGGAUUAUGGGGAGAAGAACCACAAAAUGAAGGCAAAGCUAUUUGACAUUCUCCAUUCUGAGACUCUGGGUGAGGUGAGGAAUCUGGGAGACGAUCUACAGGUUUUACUACAGACCUCCUUCCUGUAUUCCAGUGGAGGGGAUAUGAAGAAGGGGUCAUUGGGACCACCUCUGAUCCCCCCCAUAGGCAAGGCAGGAUGCCGAAACAAGACUGCAGGGUCUCUGCAAAGCUCUCUGCAGCUGGAAUUCCAGGAGUCCCAGGAGAUGAGGCCAAGAUCCAGCAGCAGAAGCAAGGAGGAGAACUGUGAACAUGCAGGUCUCCAUGGCCAGCCCCAGCAAAUGUCCAACAGCAGCUCCAUCAGCCACUUCCUCCUGCUGGCAUUGGCAGACACGCGGCAGCUGCAGCUCCUGCACUUCUGCCUCUUGCUGGGCAUCUCCCUGGCUGCCCUCCUGGGCAACGGCCUCAUCAUCAGCACCGUAGCCUGUGGCCACCACCUGCACACGCCCAUGUUCUUCUUCCUGCUCAACCUGGCCCUCAGCGACCUGGGCUCCAUCUGCACCACUGUCCCCAAAGCCAUGCACAAUUCCCUCUGGGACACCAGGAACAUCUCCUACACAGGAUGUGUGGCCCAAGUAUUUUUCUUUCUGUUCUUCAUCUCCACUGAGUAUUAUCUGCUGACCAUCAUGUGCUAUGAUCGCUACGUGUCCAUCUGCAAACCCCUGCACUAUGGGACCCUCCUGGGCAGCAGAGCUUGUGCCCACAUGGCAGCAGCUGCCUGGGCCUGUGGCUUUCUCCAUGCUCUCAUGCACACAGCCAAUACAUUUUUCUGCCCCUGGGCCAUGGCAAUGCCCUGGGCCAGUUCUUCUGUGAAAUCCCCCAGAUCCUCAGGCUCUCCUGCUCCAAAUCCCACCUCAGGGAACUUUGGCAUCUUGCUGUUAGUGUGUGUUCAACUUCCGGCUGUUUUGUGUUCAUGGUUUUCUCCUAUGUGCAGAUCUUCAGGGCUGUGCUGAGGAUCCCCUCUGAGCAGGGACAGCACAAAGCCUUUUCCACCUGCCUCUCUCACCUGGCUGCAGUCUCCCUGCUCUUCAGCACUGGUAUAUUUUCCUACAUGAAGCCCCAUUCCAUCUCCUCCCCAUCCCUGGAUCUGGUACUGUCAGUUCUGUACUCGUUGUUGCCUCCAGCCCAUAUUCCCUCAUCUAUAGCCUGAGGAACCAGGAGCUCAAGGCUGCAGUGUGGAGACUGAUGACUGGAUGGUGUCAGAAAUAUUAAACUCCUGGCCAAUUUCUGCAAAUCACUUGUAAUAAAAGUAAUAUUUGAUA